CUAGGAACUAGGAACUAAUCAGAACCGUUGGAUCUAAGAGAAGAGGCACGCUAGAUCAACAGCUAGGAUCUAUUCUGACAAAUUAAAUGAAAGUCCCAAAAACAAAUUCGCGAUUUUCUCUCUCCUCACCAACGCCAUUUUCAUUCUCCUCUACUCCAUUGACGCGGAUUCUGAGCUUUCCCUACUCCGUUGAAGCAUCUUCUGAGAUGAAACCUGAAUACACAACUUUAAACAAGCUUUCACUUGUAAGCAAAGCAUACAAGGUUCAAGUCACAGUGAAGGAAAAAUGUCCUGCCCGAACUCCUCCCGGCAAAAAAAGGUUCCAGAAACUGGUUUUUAAAGAUGAGGAAGGAAACAGCAUGAAAGCAACUUUGUUUGGAGAUGAAGUUGACCACUUCAAAAAAGUAUUUGAACACAAGAAAAAGUAUGAGAUAGCUAAUGAUCCGAUCAGGACAAUUAACCCGAAGUUCAGCUCAAUACCAGGAGAAUGUGAGUUUACAUUUGGAGGGCUAACUAAGAUCCAAGCUAUCGAUCGAACUGAAGGUCCUGUUUUGCGAGACUACAUCCCUAUUGCUGAUGUACCCAAGACCAGCGGUCCAGCAGACCGGUUUGAUUUGCUUGGGGUUGUAGUCCACAUGGAAGAAGUGCGCAAAGUGACAUACAAAUCAGGCAGGGUAGCUGAUGUGCGUAAUAUCAGCAUAGUUGAUCAAAGCACUAGUUCUUGGCCCCUAAUCAUCUCUGCGUGGGGACAACUGGCAACUUCUGACUGUGAAAUCCUCAAGGACAGGGCAUCCACUUUCUUGGUUGUAAGCUUAACUUCUUUGAAACCUGCUAAUCACAGAGGGUUUUCACUCCAAUCAAGCAUGUCUACAACAAUUGGCCCAGCACCCACUGGUGAAAAAGUUGAUGCCUUAAGAACUUGGGCCCAUGCACAUCCAGACAUCAUUGCUGACUACAUGGCAAGGCAGCUCGAGUUCAUGACUGCGGGCACUGAACCAGUUCUUACAACAAUUGAUCAAAUCAUUGGCAAAAUUGUUGACAGCACUGUCCAAGAGGAGCUAUACACGCUGACAAUCACAAUUCUAGAUCCACAAUUAAGCAAUGUGAUUGCUUACAUUGACUGCGAUAAUUGUGGGAGGCGAUGUGGCGUUGCUGCACAUGUGCCAUUCUUCUGCCCACAUUCCCUGACAAGAAAUGCACUUCCACUAAAAGGGUCAACUUUACCUUUGAUGUUGCGAAUGACACUAGAACAUUUCGGCUAACUGCCUUUGGUCUGGUUUGUGAGCAAAUCCUCAAUCUAACUACAUUUUAAAUUUUCAACUAAAAAGUUAAGGUACCCAAUCAAUCCUUGCCUUAACUUAUUUGGGUAAAAAAAUUAAACACCGCUAUUCACCUUAGGCAUAACAUCACCCUAUAUUCUACUCAGGAUGACUAGAACGACUUCGAUCACCUUGCUGGAACUCUGAAGUCCACACCAAUGCACAUCAUACUUCAUCCAACUCAAGCACUGAACAGGGCAGGGGUGCUGAGAUGGGUGGUCCAAUCUGUUUCCCGCGUAUGAAUGCCUUUUCAACCAAUCUAAGGCUUCUAAUCAGAACACAUCAUUCACGAUAGGCUUCUCUUAUCAUUUUGGAUGUGUUCUUGUUUGAUGCCUACUUGAUUGCUACCUAAAAUAAGUAGACUACUCUCAAACCAUUUGCCAAGCAUUGUCUGUUCUUAUUUAGAGUUACAUCUUCCUUUUGUCACUGUUGUUGCUACCAAAUAGCUUAAUGAUCCGAUGAUUGCAUGUGUUUCCAUAUAGGCCUACAAACAAUGCCUCUUUUGCUUGCUUACUCUGAUGCAUGAGUUCAGCAAGUCCUUGUAAUAUAAACUCUAUGCUUUCUUAUUCAGUAUGUGAUAUUCUGCUAUGCAUUUCCAAUUCUAUAUUCCUUGCAACCUAAUCUUACAAGAAUGCACAUGUAUAAUGUUUGUUAGUCAGACUGAUUUUCAUUCCAUUACCCUUGAUUUAAUUACCCCCCAUCAUUGCAGCCCAUUGUUUAACAAGCCAACAUAUGCACCUUUUUUGAAGAUUAAAACACUACCUUCAAUAAAAAAAAACAAUCACAAAGUUUAUGCCUUGCAUUGCUAUCUAGCUAUAUCAUAUUAGAACCUGUUACAGUGCUAUCUUUUACCAAAUCAAGACAAUUACAAAGCACUUUGAUUCAAAGUUUAACAACAUACUAAUUAUCUACCCUCUUCAAAUUGAAAACCAUAAAUAAAACAACACAAGAUAUAAACUAAUAAAUUAAGAUUCAGCUUAUUGAUUUAGAAAAUCAGCACACCACCAAGCAAUUCAAACCCAUCCUCACCCUAAUCUCAAUCCAAUUAGCAUAAGCAAAGCAACAACAACAGUUCUUCACAAAUAAAUAAACCUUUCUUGAUCAUCAAAUGAACUCCUGACCAAACUUGGCCUUCAAACCUUAAAUCUGUUUUGAACACUCAACCAGCCAACCUAAAAUCUUAUAAACUCUUUCACUGCAAUAAUCAUCUAUCCAAAGCAACAUUUUAAAGACUUUAUUCAUCUAUCCAUAAAUGUCAAGCAUAUAUAAAAUGCACACUAAUAAAACACUAAACAUAAAACAAUACAAGAAUAAAACACUAAACCUUAAGAUAAUUAUUUAUAUAUACACUACAAAAUAUUACCGCAAAAGUGUGCAAUUUAAAAACUAUAGGGCAAAUCUACCUUAACUUUGUAACAAUUAGCAUCCUACAAUAACAAAAUGAGAUGGCCUAAAUAGAUUAAACUACUAUAACACUACAUAAACUGAUCUACAUAGCUAAUCAGAAUCAAAACCAUAAGCAUUGGAGUCUUCAUAGGAAACUUCAAGGGAUUGAUGAUGGUACAAGUACCCAUCAUCCUUUUUCGAGCCAACAUCCCAUUCCCCGGC